UUCAGGCUCGAGUGUUUGGGGAGGGAUGGAUGUCCGAGUCAUACUCGGUCACAGAUUGUCAACUCAGCAACAGCUGUAUCAACCCAGAAUUAUCGGUUCUUCGCACCGGAAUGACUCGGAGUUCGACGAACAACGACCAAGUAUUGCCAACCCAGAAACACCGACUUUACACGUGUCGCUGCUACAACAACAACAGGAAAGAACCAUCGCCAAACUCGAACUGUAACAUCAACAACACUUUCUUUCAAAACUUUUUCAUUUGAAUUAAUUACAAUUUUUUUAAAUAAAAUUUUCUCGCUCCCUGCUUUUUAAUCACUAUCUUAGGCAAGAAAUAACAAACAAAACCUCUAUAGAUAUAUGCACAGGGAAUAAAUAUAUAAGUGGUAUUAUUAUUAUGUAUAACAAUUCAAUAUUGGAAGAUCUAGUCUUGUCUUGUGUUGUUAACAAGAGUAGGAAACGAAUUAAGAUCAUUAUUAUAAAAGCGUACACAAAAAAAAUUGCAUUCAAAAGUUUAUUGCACGUCAUCGCUGUUGUGUUAUUUAACGGUAUAUUUGUUUUUUAGAAGAAAAAGAAAUAAAAAUAAAAUAUGACAAUAAUUAAAUUUUUGAUAUUACUGCUUCUGUCAUUGAUGACAUCGGCAGCUACAUUUGAAGAAUAUAGCAAGGUUGAUCAUUUCGGUGGUGACUACUAUAAUAAUGCCUUUAAAUCUUUUGGCAGAAGAUUAAUAAGAAGACGUUCGACUAACCAAGAAAAACGAGAUACAAGUUUGUCAUAUGCAGCAACUAAUAUUAAUAAUAAAGAAGGAACCCAAGUGAAAACGAUAACAGUAAUUAAAAAUUCAAAUGAUAAAAAUCAAAAACUUAAAAUUGACCCAAAAUUGCAUAAAAAUGAGAAUUGGGCAGAUGAAUUUAAGGAUAAUUUUGAUUCUUAUGGUAUAAUACCGGAUGUGCCAGAUGUGGAUGAUCUUUUUGAAUAUGUUAAUAAAAAACAUAAUAACGAUAAAGAAAAGGAGAAGGUGAAGAAAAAUGAAGCGAAAAAUGAAGAUAAAAAAGAUUUUGAUGAUAGGAAGGUAAAGGAGGAGACAACAACUACUAGACCAAGUCAAAAGUAUCGUCCUAAAGAAAUGGAAAAACCGGUUACAGAAAUUUCAUCGGAAAUAUCAGAUGAGGUAACGGAAAAUAUGCAAGAGGUGGAAAAAAUCAAAGGUGAUGCUGAGUUAUUGCCUAGUUUCAAUAAUAGUCGUUUAAAAGUACGUGAAUCUUUGAUCAGUUUAAACUAUUCUACACCAGAACAUUCGGUACAUCAAUAUUUCGAUAACUAUGUACAGCUAAGUCCUGCGGUUAAAGCUGUUGUAGGUUAUGAUUAUCCAAAGCCCUGUAUUCAUGGUCAGCCUGUAGGAAGUGUAGCAGUAGCGACACCAUCGGGUAAAACCUAUAACAUACCCGGUAAUAAUAAUUCGUAUAUUAAUCCUUAUUUGGCGCCAGCAUUAACCAGACGUCCACAGAUAGGACAAACCACACAAUCAUCUUUAGUAAAUAUUCCAGUUUUUCCAAUUAAUUCAUUAGUGCCUCAAUUGCAACAACAGCAGCCAAAUAAUAAUAAUAAUCCUAAUUUAAAUAAUUUUUUACCGCAACAAAAUUCUGCAGCUGCUAAUCAAGUGCCAAAUAAUUCUUUGCAACCUCCAUUAUUUCAGAAUAACAUUCAAACGAAUCAACAACAGCAACCGGCAACGCAACAGAAUCAACAACAGCAGCCACCACAGCAAGGGCAAAGUACUUUUGUCUCUACUAGCCAACGUCCUUAUGUUUCUCCAAAUAUACGUUCUGGUCUGAGUGGUGUCAGUAGAGGUCCAGGUUCUAAUUUGAAUGGUUAUCAAAAUCAGGCUCAACCUGGUUAUCGUAUUAAUACAUUUAAUAAUGCCUUUCGAAAACCUAAUCUAUUUCGUUCACGUGGUUUAAAGUAUUAAUUUUUUUUAUAAUUCUAUAAGUUUAGAAUAGUUAUUCGUUUUUAUUAAAAAUAUAUAUAUAAAGAAUUUAUUUUACAAAAACAUA